CCAUUUGCAUGACGGAGUGUGCUUGUUCUGGGACAAUGUUUAUUUUAGUGUCUUCAGUCUCAUCAACAUGGAUUCCAAAAUCCAAGAUUUUUCAGCAGAACACCACAUAGUACCAAUAUGAUCCAUGUUAUUCUCUUCAUCUGUCAGUGAUCAUAAUGUUGUGGCUGAUGGGUAUCUAUCUCGUACUUUUAUACAUAUACUUUAUACUUUAGUGCAGAUACUUUGUACUUUUAUGCAUAUCCUUGAUACUUUUAUACACAGUGUGUGACUGCGUAUAUUUCCAGUCUGUUGUGUAUCCAGUGUGUUUUAUUUUGCCAGGUGCAGCAGCAGUGUGUUGCGCCGUUAGCAGUGUUAGCCGUUAGCUUACCGGCAGACAGCGGCAGCUUCGGCUGGACCGAGAUGGGACGCAGCAGAAAUUUAGCCCAAACAAAUCACACCAGAGCCCGGACUGAGCCGCUGGAGAUGGACACACGAUAGUUCCAGUGUUUGGCGCAGCUUCACGGUCCGUCUGGAUAGCGGUUAUCAAGCUAAAGCGGCAGAGAGCAACUUAGCAGACUUGUUCUUCCCGGGAAGGAAGUUUGCUGUGGCGGAGGAAACAUAGUAGGACAGCGGGCCGGAACAUCCCGACAUGGAGGACUCCGGGUCGGCCCUGGAGAAGAAUGUGGCCGACCUCACCGUCAUGGACGUGUACGACAUAGCCGCUGUGGUGGGUCAGGAGUUUGAGCGGAUCAUAGACCAGUACGGCUGCGAGGCUCUGUCCAGGCUGAUGCCCAAAGUGGUGCGAGUGCUGGAGAUCCUGGAGGUGAUGGUGAGCCGCAGCAGCAUCAGCCCGGAGACCGAGGAGCUGCGGCUGGAGCUGGACAAGCUGCGGCUGGAGAGGAUCGACCGGCUGGAGAAGGAGAAGAAGCACAGAAAGGAGCUGGAGCUGGUGGAGGAUGUGUGGAGGGGAGAGGCUCAGGAUCUGCUCACUCAGAUCGCUCAGCUGCAGGAGGAGAACAAAACGCUCCUCACCAACAUGUCCAUCAAAGACCCGAUGAGUGAGGAGGACCUGCAGAGGCAUGAGGGUAUGACAGAGAGAGAGAGGCAGGUGAUGAAGAAGUUGAAAGAGGUGGUGGACAAGCAGAGAGACGAGAUCCGAGCCAAGGACCGCGAGCUCACCCUGAAAAACGAAGACAUAGAAGCACUCCAGCAACAGCAGUCUCGUCUUAUGAAAAUUAACCACGACCUGCGCCACAAAAUCUCCGUGGUGGAGGCUCAGGGCAAAGCACUCAUCGAGCAGAAGGUGGAGCUGGAGGCCAGCGCUCAGGCACGAGUGCAGGAGGUCAGCGCUCUUCGGCAAGAAGUGGCACGUUUAAGGGAGCGACUACAAGGGGAGCUGCCUGCACAGAACCCUGAGGAACCCCCGCCUCAGCCGCCAUCGCCUGCAGAGCGUGGUAAAGCUGCAGCAGCGGUGGUGUUGGGGGCUGAGGGCUGGUCAGACAGACCGAGCCCUUCUCAGCUGAUGUCGGGUGGGUUUGAUCAGCCCCUGCUGCCCCUGUCCGGUUCCCUCAGCCCAGAGGGACACGAGGACGGGGAUGAGGAGGACGAGGCAGUGUUGCUCUGGGAGGCGAUGUGCGAUGAGGACAUGCCUGCUGUGUUCCAAUAUUUCACCCAGGAGGCCUUGUGCGAAGAGGAGUCGGGGGGUCUGGACCCGAAAGACCCCAACAGGCCCCGGUUCACCCUUCAGGAGCUGAGGGACGUCCUCCACGAGAGGAAUGAGCUCAAGGCCAAAGUUUUCCUGCUGCAGGAGGAGCUGGCCUACUACAAAAGCGAUGAAGCAGAAGAUGAGAUCGUCACUCCGAGUCCGUCUCCCUCCCCUGAACUGAGGACUCGGUCUCGUUCUUCUGCUCAGCCAGAAUCAGGAAUCAAACGCCUGUUUAGUUUCUUCUCGCGUGAUAAGCAGCGGAGCUCGCAGCGAAGCGCACAGUUCGACAGCGACCUCGGCUCGUGGACGGGGAAGGACGACGUGUACACAGAACAAGCCCAGGAGGCGUUACAGCACAUGUAGUCACCAGCCCAGCCCGGACUGAAAGCUCCUAACACUCCAUGUCCAUCAUUCGACCGCACACCAAACUACCGCUAGUGACUCACACUGCAGCUGAAGUAUCAAGUGCUUGAGGUGAGAAGGACUGACAGAAAGAAGUCCUUGAAGAAAAUUAUUUAAAAAGUUUAUUUAAACUCAUGAGAACAAUGUAUCUCAGUGAGAGAUGGCACAUAUACGCGGUGCAACUUUAAAAAAAAAAAAAAAAAAACGCCAGAAAGUGUUUUGGUUUUUACAGCAUUCAUGUGCAGAGCAGAGGGUAAGCUCAAGUUGAAGGAGGGAAACGUGGGAAGUUGUCGCAUCCAGGUGGUGAAUGAUGAUGUGUUGCUGAAGCUCCAGAGUAAACAGAGUGAAAGUUACUGCACAGACGGAGGCCUAAAAGUGUACUUUAAAUGUUCUGUUAGGUUUUUAAGGUUUGCUUCUAAAUGAAGAAUGUGGGCUGCGGAAGGCAAACCUGCAAAAAAACCAAUAAUGACAGCAACACUUUUACGUCCUGUAUUUCUGUCCUUGUAAACGCGGGCAGCUACACUAGUCAGUCCAUCACCAGCAUUUUGCAGAUUCAGACUGUGCAGCUCUUGAAUCUAAUCGAGGCCUUUAGUGUAAAAUGUUGCAUAGAAUCACAAUUUAAAAGCUGUGUGCAGGAGGAUUGUUCAUAUUUACAUACUGCGCUAUGUAGCAAUGUAUGGAAGCCCAUUUCUGCCAAAGAAUUAAGGAAUAUAAAGGGUUUAACAUGAUAAACAUUUAAAUACUCAUAAAUAAGUAAAUGAACAGUUGAGAUAUUAUGUUGACUCGGUAUAUCAUUUUUUCAGAUGAUAAGGGACAUAAAUGUUUGUAUUUCAUGCGUAGUAUUUUACAGUUUCGACUUUACUGACUAAUACUAAUCGUGACUUAAUACUCAGUUAAAUUGACUUGAGACGUCCCGAUGUUACUUUUUCCUGAUUUGUUCUGAUUUCACUAAAUUUUGAUCAAAUAACACAUCAUAAGAUUGACUUAAUGCCACAUAUUCUUGACUUAGUAAGUCAUCACAAUUUUUAGCAUUGCAUAAUAUUGAUAUGUUUGGUCAUCAUAAGUUUGGCUUCGGAUCUUUUUUUUAAUUUACUCAUCAUAAUCAUAGUUUUGAAUUAACAUAAAUUCACCUUUUAAGUCUUCUUUAUUAUUAGUACUUCAUAAUACUGAAUUAGUAUCUCAUGAAUUUGACUUUGUAAGUCAACAUCAUUUGUGUUUUUUCCUAAUUUUGACUUAGUUCUCAGUCUUUACAUAAUAACUCACCAUAAUGUUGAUUUAAUUUCUGAUAUUAGCUCUCCAGAGUUUAUUUUAUAAAACUGACUUAUUAGAUAAUCAUAGGAUUGACUUAGUAUUUCAUAAUUGACUCACAUUAAUUUGACUUAAGUUUUAUUUAUUAUGUUAUCAUUGUUUUUAGGAUUUUAUCAUUUUGACUUUGUAUCAUAUGUUUAAAUAGUCACUGGUUUGACUUUGUGUCUCAUUGUUUGGUUUUCACAUCUCAUAAUGCUAACUUAGAUAAUGUUUUGGCUUACCUUAAAUUGCACGUACAAAUUCAACAGUUUCUUUAAUUUUACAUACACCACCAUUCAAAAGUUUGGGGUCACUUAGAAAUGUCCUUAUUUUUGAAAAAAAACCCACCUUUUUUUAAAAUGAAGAUAACAUUAAAUGAAUCAGAAAUACAAGCUAGACAUUGUUAAUGUAGCAAAGAACUAUUCUAGCUGGAAACAGCUGAUUUUUAAUAGAAUAUCUCCAUAGGGAUACAGAGGAACAUUUCCAGCAACCAUCACUCCUUUGUUCUAAUGCUACAUUGUGUUAACUAAUGGUGCUGAAAGGCUAAUUGAUGAUUAGAAACCCUUUGUGUAAUGUUAGCACAUGAAUAAAAGUGCUAGUUUUCAUGGAAAACGUGAAAUUGUCUGGGUGACCCCAAACUUUUGAACAGUAGAGUAGGUUUGACUAAGCCAGGUUCAUGGUAUUGAAUGAGUAUAACCUUUAUUUAUUAUGUCAGUAUUGUUUUUGCUAUUUUUUAAUGGUGACUCAAUCUCAUUAAUUUGACUAAAUGAAUCAUCCGGAGUUUGAUUUAUUAAAUCAGUAUGUCAUUGAUCAUUUCAGAUUUGAAGUAGGGAAUCAUGGUUCUGGCUUUGGGUAUUAUAAUUGUGACUCAGUGAGUUGUCCUCAUUUUACUUCAGUAACUUAUAAUAUUGAUUCAACAUCUCAUUGACUCAGAAAGUCACAAGACUUGGUACCUCAUAAUUAGAGUUGCUGUAGUUUUGAAUUAAUGUUGCAUUACUUUUGAUUUUGCGAGUCAUCAUACAUUUGAAUGAACAUAAUUUGAACCUAUUGAGUUUUAUUGACUUAAUGACAUUAAUUAAGUCGCUGUUUUGACUUUGUGAGGCAUCGUUGUGUUUUGUGUUUCAUCGUUUUGACUUUGUAUCCUGUAUUACUGACCUAAUAGUAGCGCUGCCUCUGGCUAGUUUGAACUUAGUAUCUCAUAAUUUUGCUUACUAAAUCAUUAUUGCUUCAGCAUGUUAUAAUGUUGACUUGUUAAAUCCUAAUUUUGAGUUUGCACCUUAGAAUUUUGCUCAGAAAAUACUUGGAAUAUUUAUUUGUUUAUAACCUUCCAUUUUUAUGGCAGAAAUGGACUUCCAUACUGGUUUGCUCUAACUCACAGUAAUUAAUUGCCUAUUCUAUGAAAGACCAGCAGACGUAACGAGUGAAUUCUACUAAUAUUCGCUACUUAAAUCCAUUUAUUACCCCUCAAACAGAGCCAGCUUUUAAUUGUAACAGUGCCAAAGGUGUUGCUGUGUAUCGUGCAACCCGACAGUUUCAUGCUAACAGCUACCUUAGCAUCACCAGCUGAACCAAAUAAAGUUUUAUGAUCAAACUCACCGGGCUCAUAGCUUCCAGGACAAAGUGUAACUAGGUAUUAUAAAGCCACAUUGUUAGUAUUGCACUUAAGCUGUGCUGCUGCUUGUGUGAGAUGUUACCUCUGAACUUAUCUAAAUAAAAAAAUACUGACCGAUGAUUCACACAUGCACACAGAAAAUCUAAAAAGUCACCAGCUGUAUGCUUUAAAAUCAUAAGUCUUUCUAUAAAUUUAGCACUUGUGAGCCUUGAAUGAGACUGUGGUUAUUAAAAGUACAUUUUAUCCACACUAGUUGCUGCUAAAAGAUCUGUAGGAUGAUAGGAAAACAUUCUGCAGCAUCAGUAAUAACCCCAAAUGUCUGCAAACUUUUGACACACAGUGAAACACUUGCACAUUUAGGUUUUUUCAAAUGACUACUAGAACUUGUGUUUUUAAUGCAUCAUUUACUCAAGGCCUCAAAUUUAACAUGGUUGAAAGCUAUGUUGAAGGAUAUUUUUCCAAAAUAGUGUUAAAAUACAUCUCAGAUUGUUCAAACAGCAUUAAUAAAGCUGAAAGUGUGGUGUCCACUUUCCUUAAAGUGCUGCUUUGUGGUCGCUGCUUUUGCUUUAACAGCUGCUCUCUUCACCCCUGAGAUGCAGUGAGCAGCUGUGGUGUGACCAGAUGUGCUUUAACAGUAGUGGCACUUUAUCUUCAUUUAUAUUCAGCCAGUGAGGUGGAAUAAAUGAAUGUAAAAUGACGAGUGCGUGUCGAAGCAGCUCCCCUGUUUUAUAUAAUCACAAAUAUGAUGAAGAGACGAUCUUAUUCUAGAUGAUACCUGGCCAUCAAAGGGGCCUGCUCAGUUCAGGCAUGAAGAAUUUAAACUGUGGAACGCUUAAAGGGAAAUCAAGUCACUCCAGUCCUUCAGCUCAUUGUUAGUGUUGAUGACCAUCUCUCAUGUCCGACUCUCCUAUGAACGCCAUGAAAGCAAAUAUUUAAGAGGUAUAAUAAACGGAUCAGUGCUUUAUUAAAUCCAAACAUGUCUCCUCAGUAAUAAACGUCUCAAAUGUU